UCUAUUCCACAAACACACCUCUCUGGUUUCCCACGCAUUAUAUAUAAGGAAAGAUGAAACCAAAGUUUACUGAGAGCAAAUCAAUCUCUUAAUUUGUUUUUGUUUUUUCUUUUCCAUUUCCUUUCAAUUUCGACAAAUAAUAUUCGCCGAAAGACAAGAAAAAAAAGUGUUUACUUUUUGGGUUCCUCUUCGGUGGGUUCACUACACUAGUAACAUCUCUGAACCUGUUCUCUGUCUCUCAGCAGCAAAACCUCGAGGCUUCUUUUUCUUUCAUUCUCUCAAUUUCUUCUCUCUGAUCUGAAUUCUCGCCGAGUGAAUCUAGAACCAGGCAAGCUCCAAUUAGGUACUUUUGUAUAUAAUUUCUUGAUUUUGCAUCUGGGUGUUUCAUUGUCUCACAUUGCUGUCUUCGCUAGCUUUUCAUUGUAUCUUCCACAUUCUUCCUUGCUCUGCAAAUCCAGUUUCUAGAGCACAUGUCUGAAAGAACGAAAACGACAAAAGAGUUAAAGAUUAAAAAUUGUGUCUUUUCGAAUGCUCGAUGAGUUUGUUUACUGUUUCUCCCCUUCUGUUCUCAGAACGUUGCUUAGUUUCCAGACCCCAUUAGUUUACUUCUGUCGGAAAUCCUCUGUUUUCUUAAUAGCCAUGAGAUAGUUAUCUAAAAUUGCUUUCUUGAAUUCACCAAAAAAAAAAGUUGCUUACUUAUUUUUAGGGUUCUUACCAUAUUUGACCAAUUAUAACUCUCCUGAAAAGAUUAAAAAAAAACAACAGUUUUUUCUGACUUCAGAAGUUUUUGUAGGUUUAAGGUUUUCAAGCACUCUGUUUCCAAUGCUGCUUCCGAGAUGGUUUGCAGAAGCGUUGUUGCUCCUACUUUCAAUUCUUGCCUGUUCAAACGCUGCAUUUAUCGGUGUAAACAUUGGCACUGAUCUCACCAACAUGCCACCGCCUUCAGACAUUGUAACACUUCUCAAAUCACAACAAAUCACACACGUCCGUCUCUAUGAUGCUAAUAGCCAUAUGCUCAAAGCAUUUGCCAACACUAGCAUCGAAGUUAUGGUCGGUGUAACCAAUGAAGAAAUCCUCAAAAUCGGACGGUUUCCUUCAGCUGCAGCUGCUUGGGUUAACAAAAACGUCGCUGCUUAUAUUCCUUCAACUAAUAUAACCGCCAUUGCUGUUGGUAGUGAGGUUCUCACCACGAUUCCUCACGUGGCGCCGAUUCUCGCCUCUGCUCUUAACAACAUUCACAAGGCUCUUGUGGCUUCCAAUCUCAACUUUAAGGUCAAAGUCUCCAGCCCUAUGUCUAUGGAUAUAAUGCCUAAACCGUUUCCUCCAUCUACAUCUACCUUUAGCCCGUCGUGGAACACCACGGUUUACCAGCUUCUUCAGUUUUUGAAGAACACUGGUUCCUUUUUCAUGUUAAACGCGUAUCCUUACUACGGUUACACAACCGCUAAUGGGAUUUUCCCGCUUGAUUACGCUUUGUUCAAGCAGCUUUCUCCGGUGAAGCAGAUUGUUGAUCCCAACACGCUUUUACAUUACAACAGCAUGUUUGAUGCUAUGGUUGAUGCUGCUUACUACUCCAUGGAAGCUUUGAAUUUCUCCAAGAUUCCUGUUGUAGUCACGGAAACAGGCUGGCCUUCGUCUGGUGGAAGCGAUGAAGCGGCUGCAACAGUCGCUAAUGCGGAGACAUUCAACACUAACUUGAUCAAGAGAGUGCUGAACAACUCAGGUCCUCCUAGUCAACCAGACAUACCGAUAAACACUUACAUCUACGAGCUGUACAAUGAAGACAAGCGGUCAGGACCAGUCUCUGAAAGAAACUGGGGGAUUUUGUUUCCAAAUGGGACCUCGGUUUACCCUCUGAGUUUGAGUGGUGGCUCUAGCUCCGCAGCUCUAAACGGUUCAUCGAUGUUCUGCGUGGCUAAAGCAGAUGCUGAUGAUGAUAAGUUGGUUGACGGUUUGAAUUGGGCGUGUGGUCAAGGCCGAGCUAACUGCGCUGCCAUUCAACCGGGCCAACCUUGCUACCUCCCUAACGAUGUUAAGAGCCAUGCUUCUUUUGCUUUCAAUGACUAUUACCAGAAGAUGAAAAGUGCAGGUGGAACUUGUGACUUUGAUGGUACGGCUAUCACUACGACUAGAGAUCCUAGCUAUAGAACAUGUGCAUAUACGGGAAGCUUAAACGCAAACGCUACUAAUGGAAACUUUCCUCCGGAUGCGUUAGGACCCGCAAGUCCAUUGGGAGGAAACGCAAACGCACGUAUCAUCUUUAGCUACCAUCUUCCCAUAUUGGCACCGUUAGCUCUCACUCUACUACAACUGUUGCUUCAGCAUGACCGCCUUUUGUAGAACGUUUGCCAAAAAGCGGUUUUGUAGUAACCGGGGAAGUCUACCUGUGGCUUGGAUUGGAUUUCUUACGGUUACCGGUAGUUACUGUGUACUUUGUUUUUAGUGUAAGUGUAACUAGAGACUAAAGAGGGCUCACAAGUUCCCAUUCUUUUUUUUGUCUUCAUCUUUGAACUAAAAUAUUCGAAUUAGAGUGAUUUAAAUUUCAUAUUCAAAUGAAUCAGUGCAUUGUAGGAGAGUUUACGUAAAUCAUGUUAUUCAUAAAAAUUGAC